AUGUCGGUCUCGCACGGCUUCAAAUCCGUAGGCGUUGUGGGGAUGGGACAGAUGGGCAUGGGCAUAUCCUACGUAGCGGCCAUCAAGGCCAAGAUCCCUCACGUGGUCAUGGUGGAUGCUUCGGCCUCGCAAGCUCAAAAAGGAGUGGCCUUCUUUGAGAGUCUGCUGAAAAAGGAUGUGGGCAAAGGCAAGUUGGAGCAGAAUGCUGCUGAUCUGGCCAGAUCGAGAUUGACAGUGGUUCAGAGCAUCGAAGAGCUGGGAAAGUUGGACGAUGCUAAAAGACCCGGUCUGAUCGUCGAGGCAGCCACAGAGUCUCUUCCAAUCAAGCUCAAGAUAUUCAAUUCGCUUGCCACGCACCUUCCGCUCGAUACUGUAUUGGCUACCAACACGAGCAGCAUCAGCGUAUCCAAGAUCGCUGCGGCUGCUGUGCCCCAAGGUGCGGAAAAGGGUAGCACAGAAGCUUGGAAGGGUCCAUCCAGGGCUCUUGGGCUGCACUUUUUCAAUCCUGUCCCAGUCAUGUCCCUCGUCGAGCUGAUCCCAGCCUUGCAGACCGAUCCGGACGUGACGGCCCGCGCACGAUCUUUUGCCGAAGCGUGCGGCAAAGUGGUGACGACGAGCGCGGAUGUGCCCGGCUUCGUAUCCAACAGGCUGCUCAUGCCAUUCAUCAACGAAGCCAUCAUCGCUUUGGAGUCGGGCGUAGCAUCAAAGGAGGACAUUGACACCACGCUGAAGUUGGGCAUGAACCAUCCCAUGGGUCCCUUGACAUUGGCGGACUUUAUCGGACUGGACACCUGCUUGGGCAUCAUGGAGACGCUGUACAGAGAGACGGCGGACUCCAAAUACAGACCUGCUGUGCUUCUCGGACGCAUGGUGGAUGCCGGCUGGAUGGGCAAGAAGAGUGGAAAGGGUUUCUACGAGUACGCGGCGCGAUAA